GAACCGCUCAAGCUUAAAGCCCGGAGGAGAAAGUCGUGUGAUAAUUAAGCCAAGGAAAAGAGCGGAUUAUAUCGGGCAGAAACAAAAGUUCAACACACCGGCUAUUCGCGGUCUACACCUUUGAGGAAGGAAAAGAGAAAAGACUGACACCAAAAUGACAAUGGGUAACAUGCGACCGUUGAAGAUAACCACGGUCGGCGAUGGAAUGGUUGGCAAAACCUGUAUGCUCAUUACCUACACUCAGAACGAAUUCCCUAGCGAGUACGUGCCGACAGUGUUCGACAACCACGCCUGCAACAUUUCCGUCGAUGAGAAGGAGUAUGCGCUAACGCUAUGGGACACAGCCGGACAGGAGGACUAUGAAAGAUUACGGCCACUCAGUUACCCAAACACCGAUUGUUUUCUUAUAUGCUACUCUAUAUCGAGUAAAACAUCUUUCGAUAACGUGCUUUCGAAAUGGUACCCCGAGAUAAGGCAUUUUGCACCAACGAUUCCAAUUGUGCUUGUUGGUACCAAAAGUGAUCUUCGAGUGCAUGGAUCGGAAAAGUUUGUCACCACAAUUGAGGGUAAAAAGCUAAAGCAUAAAAUUAAAGCUUACUCACUGGUGGAAUGUUCCGCGAAGAAGAAACUCAAUCUCGGUGACGUGUUCGACGAAGCCGUUCGAGCGGUAGAAAAGAAACCCCACCAUAAACCACGUGUCUGCACGAUACUAUAGCUCCCCUAGGAGCCUUAGAGAUACGAUUUCACUAUAAAGUAAUACACUGUAAGGCAUGAGAUCCAGUGAUGAUAGGUAGAUAUUCUACUUUAAAUUUAACAGUAGAAAAAACGACUCAGAUACCAGGCUCUAUUAUCCUGUUUAUCUAUAUUAGACAAAUGUUACUUUUGGCCUUCUUGAAACUGUCAUUGAAGCGGUAAACAGUAUGGACAGAAAUAGUAUUCAUUAGAGUAGAGCUAAUUACAUCUAUUAUGUGCUAUUCGAUUCGCAGCAUUGAUUGUAUCGUGCCUAGUUUGCUUCUAUGAAAGCGUCUAAUUUCCAAUAUGACAAUUUUCUAUUGGUGUAGUUGUUUGCCGAAUCUUUGUCUUGGAUCAUUUGUAAAAACUGACAAAAUGGAGAUGAUUGUAGUAGUUGUAUACAUUUAACUAGAAUUUUAAGCUGACUUACAAGUCUAUUCGGAUUGCAACCGCCCAAGACGUCAUAUCUGAUGUCGAUAUAUCAGAAUGAAAUGAGAUUACACAGUAUAACCAAGUAAUGAUUUGAGUGAUUACUGCUGACUCGACCUAUAAACAAAAAGCUGCUCCCGGAUCGAAAAAAUGCCUCCUUUGUUUUGCAAUUUGACAAUAUUUCAUGAACGGAUUCAUAUUUUGAAACAAGUGUGGUGCUAUUAAAAAGUUAUAUUUAAGGGUCUGAUUUCUAUUACAGUACUGUUUUCAGCAUCGAAUCUUGAAUAGGUGCCAACAAAACGUAAUAUUUUUUUACGUUUCGUCUUAGGCUCAUCAUUGCUUUAGCAGUUCAUAUUCAAUUGCUGGUAUACUUAGCAGUCCAACAUGGAUUGUCAAGCAAACACAAAAUUUCACUUUAGUUGAGUACCACACGGAUAAAAAUCCAUUGCCGGUACCAUGAUUAAGAUAUUAUGAGUAUUAUGAAACGUAUCUUCUCAUGCGAUCUCAAAAUCAUCAGUAAAAGGCAUGGUCUCAUGAGAAGUAAUGUUUCAUGAUUUUCAUGAUUUCCUCAUCAUGGUAUCAGUAAUGGAUUUAAAUCCGUGCACAAUCUUAAAUAUUGCAUCGAAGCGACGAAACAGCUUUGCAUACGGUUUUGGUUUACUACUAACCGUUUUGAAAUUAGUUUAUUUCACCUCGGUUUUCGUCAAGGGCAUUAAACCACGUUUUUUUUUACAUUUCGUUUUAGACUCAUCAAUACUUAAGCAGUCCAUCGCAGAUUAAAUAUGUAAUUGACAUUUGAUAAUAUUUUGUUACUCAUGACAUUUGUAAUAUACGAUGGUAGGCAUACCAUUGUGAUAGUUAAAUCUAUAUUUUCAGGAUCAUUUGAAGCAAGUUUUUUUCUCUACUUCUGCCGUAUAUCCAGACUGUUCUAAUGCACACAUUCAGCAAACUCGAGAUCUGCCUCGAGAUCUACGAACCCUUCCAUCUCUUUUGAACACCACUCGAAAGGUAUCUCUUCUGUCUUUCACAUUACAUAUCGUUUAACUUUUUUUAAAUAAAAUGAAAUGUUUUUAACCAACAUAUGAACGACCAAAUGAAAAAUAUGAUUAAUGCGCCUUGGUUUUAAUAACCAAUUUGAAUAUUUUUUAAUGGCAAACCGGAUAAACAGAAAUGCCCACUGUUGAGGAUUUAAGUUUCAAGCAAGUUCGAUCGUUGCCAACAUCACGUGCGUUCGGUGGGCAAUCAGAGCACUAAAAUUAUGAUAAACAAACCAUCAAGUUUCCUAAAUCUAGUGAAUUCAUUAGUCAUUCUGAACGAUAAUUUGUGGAGGAUUUGGUCAAAAGAACAUUUAAUUUGUUGUUUACGGUUCUUCUCACUGUUUUGAUAUUUUCGGAAGGAUGCUUACCAGAUAUACAUUGAAGGACCACUUAGAUAUCGUCGCCGACUGUCAAUAUUCGUGGUUAGAGGCAUACUGCUUCAUGUCUAUAGCCAAUUCGAUCCGCCAAGCUUCGAUUUUCAGUCCUAUGUAUGUUACCAUCAUCACUCGCAAGUUAUGUGCCACCAAAUAUAUUAUCUAUGAAAAUUUAUCACUCUAAGGAAUACAAUACAAAUCGAAAAAAACAUCACAGUAACACAAUCUUAUGAAAAAUUUACGUUUAGCAUGCACCAGAAUCUAAAAUAUCAAAACUAAUUUAGCAUGACGUCCACUUAGAGGUGUGAACUUUGCUAUAGUUUAAGUGUUGUUUUUUUUUCUAAUGAAAUAAAGUAUCAUCUAUACACAAUACGACCAUCAAAAUAACAAACCGUACAAAGUUCUAUGUGGAAUAAUAAUUAAACUUAUCGUCCUUUCAUUUCAAUAUUAUGAAGUGAUGUUCAACUUUUCUGAAAUUAAAGCGACCUGAUAUUGUGUAUUUAUACCACUGAAAACGGAUAUCAUAAUCAUAGUAAACCUGAACUACAGGUGGAUUGGUUUUUAAAAUCAAGGAAUUGUAAUACUUGAUUCGAAAAUUUGGGCGUAUUUUUGGAAUUAGCAUUAAUAUGAACUUGUUUAGUUCUACUUUUCCAUUUGUAAAUUUCACAUACAUUUAUAUCAAAAGAGAUUUUUUGAAAUAAUAAUGUGUAUUAUCUCACAAAUUAGCAAAAGAUUCUAUGUUUUAUAUAAUUGGGGUUAUUUAAUUCAGUGUACUGAUGAAAACAGCUGUCAAAUACACAUAAAGGAAUUUGUAGUGUAAUAGUAACCUUUUUUGUCACCGAUGUGCUACUGUGAUGUCCCUCGUAAAACGCAAGAGAGAUCCAUAUUGAUAUAUAAUAUAUUUGAAACCACAGAAUCGACGUCAUCAGCGAAGCCAAAUAACUGUAAAGCCUAAUAAACGUAAAAGUACUUGAAUCACAGGAAUUAGUCCUAUUCUAGCGGCUUCUUAAAAAAAUGGCGAUCAACGCCAAUAUUAUCGACAUGGAUAACUUGCACAAGGAGACUCCAUCCUAUUUAAUUUAAAUUAAUAUGAACUACUCGAGUGUUUUUUUACUCCACAACUGGAUCAUUUUUUGAUCUAUUGUUGUUUUAUUGAAAUUGCUCAUGAAGUACUACGAUGAUGAGUUAUGUAUUAAGCUUAUUACACAAUUUUUUCGCAAAUUUUAUAAUAAUCAAAUGUUAUACUGUUUCAAAAAAGCUAAGCCUUGGUAUUACAUUCCUGUAGCGGAAUUUGCCCUUCUGUUUCAACAGACUUCGCAGCCGAUUCAGAGUCUACUGACACUACGAAUCCUUCCAGGUCGGGGCUCGAACAUACGAAAACUGGUUUGUAAGACCAGCGCCCUAUGUGUUGAACCGCCAACCCGGGACUAUUUCAAGCGUGACCAAAUAGAAUGAUGUAUGGGAGAAAUUCACAUUUCAGUAUAUUUCUAAUAGCAUUAUGUACAACGCUGCUAGGUACGUCACUAUUAUUGAACAGAUAAAUAAUUGAAUAUUCUUUUGAUGGACUUCUACAGUUAUUAUACGCAAUAAACAGUUUUUGAAAAACAUAAUUCACAGAGGACGUUCCUAACAACAUUAUACAAAUGACAGAGCUCAGUAGGAGAGUAAAACGUUUAACUAAAACACACACACAACACACACAUUCAUAAAUAUAAAAAGUUGUAUGAUUGUACGAUUAUAGGUGAAAAUGAGCUCUACAUAAAUUUGAUUUGAUUAUCUUCGAGUCAAAAAAUCUGCUAGUUUGAGAAAUUAGUGAAAAACCCUAUCAAUGACAGUUUUGUAAAAAAAACAACCCAAGAAAUCCUGCUUUUAUAUCCAUUUACUAGUCAUAUAGAUUUCGAUGAGAACAUAAGGUCCAAAUAUGGACUUGUUGAAUCAAAAAGUUUAUGUUAAUAGUAUUAAAAAUAUCUUAAUAAUCGAUGUUAUUAACUUUGCUUUUGAUAUAAGGCCACCGGUUUAAUAUAAUUCAAUAAAUGAAUU